UCUCUUAAAUUAAACAAAAUACAAUGUACAUUUUGGAGGGAACAUGUCACACAACAUUUUGACAUCAACCUAAAAGGGCCCAAAGGUGUAACUCCAGUUCCGAUCAUCUGCUCAACUUUUCUACAAAUUUCACCACCGGCGAUCUCAUUUCCAGACGUAUGCGUGAUUUAAUCUGGUCAUUACGAUGCUACACGAACUCCUACUGUCACUGUUAGGGUACACCGGUGACCUAGUUGUCGACGACAAAGAACACCGGUUAUCCGUCGGCCUCUCUUCUGAAAACUCCAUCGCCGAUCAAUGUACCUUCAAGCUUGCUUCCGACAUAUCUUUUAUUCAGUCCAGCGAAAGGGAUAUUAUAGAGAAGACGAUUACGUUAGGGUUUUACUAUCGUGAACUUGAUCGAUUCGCUACAAAAUCACGGAAUUUAAGCUGGAUAAGGUGUGGGAGUGAGCCUUCUAAGAAGAAUCAGAGUGUUUAUAGGAGGGCUAUUGCAAAUGGAUUAGUGGAGGUUCUUUCAGUUUAUAGAUCUGCUGUUUUGCAUGUGGAACAGAAGUUGCUAUCCGAUCAUCUACCGAUUUUAGCGACAGUUACCCAAUCUCUGAACAAGUUUUUUGUUCUUUUGCCACCUCUGUAUGAGCUGAUUCUAGAGAUUGAACGUGACGGUAUCUCUGGAGGGAAACUUCUUAAUCUUCUACAUAAACGCUGCCACUGUGGUGUGCCAGAGUUGCAAACAUGCAUUCAAAGACUUCUUUGGCACGGACACCAGGUCAUGUAUAAUCAACUUGCUUCUUGGAUGGUGUAUGGAAUUCUUCACGAUCAAUAUGGAGAGUUUUUUAUAUGCAAGCAAGAAGGAAACUCAGAGCGAGACUCAUCAAAUAUGUCCGAAAAGUUAGCACGCAUGUCGGUUAACGAUGGCUCUUUAAGUGAUUGGCACUUGGGAUUUCACAUCUCUCUGGAUAUGUUGCCAGAGUAUAUUCCAAUGCACAUCGCAGAAUCCAUCCUUUUUGCUGGAAAAGCAAUUCGGGUUCUUCGUAAUCCAAGUUCUGCAUUCCGAUCUGUAGAUGCAAGACAUAAAAAACUGAUGGGUGACGAACUACUGCCACAAUCAGAGGCUGAUAAGAUCGAAUCGAUGCUUAUAAAUCUUAAGGAAUCAUCUGAGUUCCAUAAAAGAUCAUUUGAGGGUGCUGUUGAUUCAAUUAGGGCUAUUGCAGCUAGUCAUCUUUGGCAGCUUGUGGUUGUACGCGCUGAUCUAAACGGCCAUUUGAAGGCUAUAAAAGAUUACUUUCUUCUAGCAAAAGGUGAUUUCUUUCAGACUUUUCUUGAAGAAAGCCGCCAGUUGAUGCGUUUACCUCCUAGGCAAUCAACUGCAGAAGCUGAUCUUAUGGUUCCAUUCCGGCUGGCUGUAACAAAGACUAUCAGUGACGAUGAUAAAUAUUUUUCAAGAGUGAUGUUACGGAUGCCUGCAAUCGGGGCCAACAUUAAAUCUUCCAAAGUCGAUAUACCAAAGUCCAAAUAUGCUGACGGUGAUUCAAGUUUAUCAUCUGAUUCUUCAUCGGAAAUGUCCCUUGACGGCUGGGACGGUAUUGCCCUAGAAUAUUCCGUCGAUUGGCCGUUACAGUUGUUCUUCACACAAGAAGUCCUCUCUAGGUACUGUCGGAUAUUUCAGUAUUUACUUCGGCUAAAGCGAACGCAAAUGGAACUAGAGAAAUCAUGGGAAUCUGUAAUGCAACAAGACCACUCAAAUUUUUCCAAACGUCACAUUGAACGUGUAAACGGUUCAACAUCUCAGCAGAGACGCCAAUGCUUUAGACCUAUGUGGCGGGUUAGAGAGCAUAUGGCCUUCUUGAUUAGAAAUCUUCAGUUCUAUAUCCAGGUGGAUGUGAUAGAAUCUCAAUGGAAUGUAUUACAAACUCAUAUAGAAGAGUCACGUGAUUUUGCUGAGUUAGUGGAAUUCCAUCAAGAAUAUUUGUCGGCUUUGAUAUCACAAUCGUUUCUGGAUAUCGGUUCAGUAUCAAGGAUAUUGGAUGGAAUCAUGAAGCUUUGCUUGCAGUUCUGCUGGAAGAUUGAGAACCAGGAAACUAAUGCUAGCACCAAUGAACUUGAACGAAUAACUGAGGAAUUUAACAAGAAGUCCAAUUCCUUGUACACUAUAUUGCGUAGCAGCCGGCUUGCUGGUAGUCAGCGGGCCCCGUUUCUUAGGCGUUUUCUUUUGCGUUUAAACUUCAAUUCCUACUUUGAGCAAACUGCACAAGGAGUUAUGAAUGUCAUCAGGCCAACCCCAACUAUCCCGCCACUGCAACGAUAACUCGAUCAGAUUUUUGUAACAUUUAAUGCCGGAAAACUAGCCUCAGGCUGAUUUUUCAGAUAUGUUGUUUUUUGUGCUCUGAGUGAUUGUAUUAAAUUUGUUUGUAACCUGAUAUGUUUUUAAUCGUACAAAAUAGUGUGAAUGUUUAUGCAUAUUACGUAA